ACGGCCAGGUGGUCAUUCUUGCUCAUUGGCAUGUUUUAUGGCAAACAAAGAUAUGGUAAGUAGUUUACUAUAAGAUUGUGGUAAUGUCACCUGAGGGUAUUUUGAAUUAUCAUUAUUGCAAUGUCAGUGUCAUCGCUGUAUUUCCCUAGACUAUCUGAAGCCAAGAGCUGAGAAAGAGAGGCUUGUUGAGGAAGCGGAGAAGAAGAUCCGAGAGGAGCAAGAGAAAAUUGCCAAAGCACUUGCAGAAGGUAAAUAAUAAACUUAUCAGAAUGUUAGGAGGGAUGCAGUGAAGAUUGAGGAAAUGUUGUGAAGCAUAUCUUUUUUUUCCCUCCCCCACAGCCUCUGAAGACACCAUCCUGAAAUGA